AUGCGGACUGCAUUGUGGGCCAAAAAGAAAUAUAGUUUUAUUAAUGGAUCUGUCAAGCAACCAGCAGAUGACUCACUGGAACUCGAAGAUUGGUGGACGGUUAACUCUAUGCUGACCAUCUCUCACAUGGAGAGCGUAAAGGAUCUGUGGGAGGAUAUUAAACAAAGGUUCUCGAUUGGGAAUGGUCCACGAAUGCAGCAACUGAGAUCGGAUCUGGCGAAUUGUAGGCAGGAAGGUCAAUCGAUCGUGUCCUAUUUUGGAAGACUCAAAACGUUAUGGGAUGAAAUAAACAACUAUGAUCAGAUACCAGUGUGUAUGCAUGCGAGUUCUGAAUGCAAUCUUACCAUUGAAUUGGAAAGAAAGCGUGAAGAAGAAAGAGUUCAUCAGUUUUUGAUGGGCUCGGAUGAAGAAGGAUACGGAACAAUGCGCUCUAAUAUUUUGAGCACUGAACCCUUGCCCAAUUUGAAUCGUGCCUAUGCUAUGGUUGUUCAGCAAGAGCGGGUUAUCCAGAAUGGUGGGGUAAUAGACCACGUGGAACUUCUGCUGGACGAGGAGGUGGUUAAAAGCGUGGCAAUGGAGCGGAACGUAGCAAGGGAGGAGUUACUCGUGCCAACACCACACAAUCAACUGGAGUUGAUGAAUGGUGGCAAUGAGAGGCUGACAGGUACGCAGAAGAUAUUUUCUUGGAUUAUUGACAUAGGAGCUUCCCAUCAUAUGACAGGAACGUUGGCAUUUUUUAGUGAAUUGCGUGACAUUGUGCCAUGCUCAGUUGGGUUACCUAAUGGAGAAAAGACCUUGGCAGUGAAAGAAGGAACUGUGUUGCUUGGAGGAGACUUGAAAUUGCAACGAGUCCUUUAUGUGCCAGAUUUGAAUUGCAAUCUGGACCUAAAUUCGAGGAACUUGAUUGGAGCGGGUAAGCAACGCGAGGGGCUGUACUUUCUCAAGGGAGUGACAUUGGUACAUGCUUGUAAGGUAGCUGAUGUGGGGUCUUUUGAGCUUUGGCAUAAGAGAAUGGGUAAUCCUUCUUAUAAGGUGGUAGAGUUAAUUCCAGAAGCUGGUAGCAUAGUUAGAAAAACUAAUAAAACUUGUGAAGUUUGUUUUAGAGCAAAGCAAAUGGGGGAGAUUUUCUUUUCUAGUGACAAUAAAGCUGAUGGUUGUUUUGAAUUGAUACAUUGUGAUUUGUGGGGACCUUAUAGAGUUCCAACUUCUUGUGGAGCAAUUUACUUCUUAGCAAUUGUUAAUGAUUAA